GGUUGGCGUAAAACUUAAUUUAUUGUUGGACGACAAGAACCAUUUCCUUGCUUGUUUUAGUAUUGUUAUCAAAAUAUUAUUUACAUAUAUGGCUCUAUAAUUUAUUUUUUUGCUGUUUUUCAUCUAUAGAUUUCAUUUGAAACAAAUAAGCAAAUAAAUGAGAAAUAAUAACAAAACGCAAAAACACUACUAUAGAAGUAAACACUAAAGGUUUUUAUUAUUAGAUUAUGUGAAUGAUUUAACAGUCUUUCGCCAUUAAUUUAUGCUUAAGCUUAUAAGAAAAUAAUGACAAAAUAAAACAUUUGCAAAGGUGCAAAAGGAUGACUGUUUUCCAAAUUAUUGCCUUGUGUAAAAAUGUUACUGUAUUCACGAAAAAAAUAUUUUAAUGAACCUACUUUACCAUACACAUUCAUCUCUCGCUAUCUCGUUUAAAUGUAUUCCCAAACUCACUUUACUUUUAUAAACUGUAUUUAUAUUUGUAGGAAUCUGAAAACUUUAAGUGAUCCAAUAUUAAAAACACUGCAAAAGAUCCCAAUGAAUAUACAAGACACGAUAAAAAAAUAUUUUUUAUGGUUUCAAUGUCUGUAUAAACUCAUAAUAACAGGUACAUUUGCGAAGCGGAAACCAGUUUCAACAGCGCAGGAAAACGUUUUGGUUGGCCAUCUUCUUCUAACGCCACAUGGAUUUUGUAAACAUUAGUUGGUCUGUUGUAUCAGCACCGCGAACACCGAGAGCAUUUUAUCCACCAUUCACGAGUGUCACCCUUUAUCUGUGAGGCUGCUGGUGGACAAUAAUGUCUCUGCGGCUGCUGUCAGUGGAUCCGUCAGACCGGGGCUCUCAGAGAUGCAGACUGGGUCCAGGUCUGAUGUCAGCGCUGGGUCUGACUCUGGGCUCCCCGCUGCUGGUAUCUGUUCCCGGGGGAAGCUGCCUGUGCACCGCCUGGCCCCGGCCUGACCUGGCGGAGGGCUUCCUGCAGAUGGACCUGAAAUGUUGCUCCCCAAGUCUGAUCACUCACCCUCCCACCCACCUCAGCCUGGACCCGGACCAGCUCACACCUGUGCCCUGCCCCAAACUGAAAAGUGUUAAAGUAACUGUGGUGGUCCAGAGUGUUGACUUUAGGAAACACACACCUCCUCGUCUUGUUCAUGAGCUUGUGAAAGACAUGUUGAGAGGUGUGUGUGUCCACAAGAAGCAUGUGAUAAACUUGGGGGACUUUGAUACAGAAAUUAGAUAUGUUGUUAUUGAAAGCAUCAAUGUGGAGUCUCUCGGUGCCGGACUCAUCACCUCAAAAACUGGUGUGGAAAUAACCAGCAUCCAGACGGUCCGGCACUACAGGAGUCAGCUGCAGGACCAGCAAACAGUCCCCCUGGGAGGACUGGAGGAGGUGAAAGCAUCCCUGAGAGAGAUGCUACAACUGCCCCUGCUCUACCCUGACACCCUGAGCUCUCUCGGGGUGUUGUGUCCCAGAGGUGUGCUCCUGGUGGGGCCUCCAGGCGUCGGCAAGACCCUGCUGGUCCGCAGGGUGGUGGAGGAGGUGGGAGCCAGCCUGGUAGUGGUCAGAGGGCCAGAGGUGGUGGGGUCGCGGCCUGGUGAGAGCGAGGAGAAGUUGCGUGCUGUGUUUGAGCGGGCUCGAUCUGCAGCUGAGGAGGGUCCCUGUGUGCUCUUCUUGGAUGAGCUGGACUCUCUGUGUCCGAGGAGGACCGGCUCGUCUGCACCGGAGAACCGCCUGGUUGCUCAGCUCCUCACGCUGAUGGACGGGAUGAAUCAGUCUGAUCGAUUCCUCAUCGCCGCUGCCACCAACCGGCCCGACAGCUUAGACCCAGCACUACGCAGGCCUGGAAGAUUUGACAGAGAGGUUAUUAUUGGAGCUCCCACUUUGCAGCAGAGAAAAGACAUCUUGUCUGUUCUGUGUGCGAGGAUGCCUGUGUGUCCCGGCGUGGACAUGGCAGAGCUGGCACAGCGAACUACAGGCUACGUGGGAGCAGACCUGAGUGCCCUGUGCAGGGAGGCUGCCAUGCACGCCAUACGGGAAAACUCAAAGGGUUCAGGAGAGCAGCUGGUGGGUAUGAAGCACUUCCAGGAGGCCCUGAAGGUGGUGCGUCCCUCUUGUCUGCGGAGCAGCCUGGGUGUGACGGAGCUCUCUCCUGUGUCGUGGGAGCAGAUCGGAGGCCUGGAUGAGAUCAAACUCAAACUAAGACAGAGUAUUGAGUGGCCGAUGUUAUACCCCGAGGCGUUUGUUCGUCUGGGUCUGUGUCGGCCCCGCGGCGUGCUGCUCUAUGGACCUCCAGGAUGUGCAAAGACGACGCUGGUCAAGGCUGCAGCCAGCUCUUCUCACUGUGCUUUCCUGUCUGUCGGUGGUGCUGACCUCUACUCUCCUUAUGUCGGAGACUCGGAGAAGGCUUUAGCACAGCUGUUUCGGCAGGCCCGCGCCUGCGCUCCCUGUAUCCUGUUCCUCGAUGAGAUCGACUCUCUCAUUGGAUCGCGGUCAAACAGUCAGACACCAAACAGCGUACAGACACGCCUGCUGUCAGUGCUGCUGAAUGAGAUGGACGGGGUCGGCCUGAAGACGCUGGAGAGGAGAGGGACGGAGAAGAUCCUCCAGGCGGAGGGAGUGACGGAGAAUCACACGCAGGAACAGUUGGACUGCCAGGAGGUUUGCAACAAGGAUGUGAUGGUUGUAGCCGCCACAAACAGACCCGACUGCAUAGACAGCGCCCUCCUCAGACCCGGCAGGCUCGACCACAUUAUCUAUGUCCCACCACCUGACCAGCAGACUCGUCUUUGCAUCCUGAAGGCGUUCACAGAGUCGAUGCCCAUCUGUGCUGAUGUUUGUCUGGAGGAGCUCGCCGCAAAGACCGAUCUUUACUCUGGAGCCGACUUGGAAAAUCUGUGUAAAGAGGCUGCUCUGUUGGCGCUACAAGAGGAGAACAUGGAGACUUCUGCCAUCAAACACACAUAUUUCCUUCGGUCCCUCAGUAAAAUGAGCCCCUCUCUCACUGCCCAGCAGAUCCAAACAUAUCAGAAAUCUCCCAGAUGACAAAUCACAUAUGACAGCCCUCUGUGUUGAUGAAAUAUAUUAUUACAGAAAUAUUGAUUUGAAAUAAAAUGAGUAAAACUUGA